GAGAAUGAUUUCACAUUCAUUCCCACUGUCACCACCCAAAAAACCUAUAUCUGCGCAAAUCCGUUUUUAGGUACUCCAGUAGAUCUAAAAUUAGAUUUGUACGGUAAUCCUCCUUCGUAGUUCAAACGUUUUCUAUUCUUUUUUUGUCUUAAUCACAAAAAAGACAACUAUAUAUACACAUCAAACUCAUUUCAUCCCCAAUCAUCACGAUCUCUAAACAUCAAAUUCUAAAAUAAAUUAACAAAGAUCUACGUAAGAAGGAGAAGAGAGAAGAAUGGGUCGCCAAAACGUUAUCGUCGUGGUCGCCCUCGUCUUCAUGGCCAUCCUUGGCCUGGCAGCAGCUGCCUCUUCCCCAUCUCCUUCAGCGUCUCCCUCCAAAGCUCCGGCUGCCUCCAAAACUGAUCAUGACGUCGAACCUCCAGUCACCGAUGACCAAAUCGGAACUACCGACGACGAUACAGCUGCAGCCCCAGGUGAUGAUGACGUUGCAGUGGCUGGUCCUGUAGGAAGUGACUCCUCCUACGCUAGCAAUGGACCCUCAGGCUCUGACGAUUCUGCCGACAACGGUGGUGCGGCUGCUCUCGGCGUCUCUGCCGUCGUCGUUGGUGUUACAUCCAUCGCCGGUUCUUUCUUGUUUUUCUAAGGUGGGCAUUGUUAUGAUAAGAAGGUUAUUUUGAAGGAUUAUAAUUUAUGUGUAUGGAUGAUUGUGAUGAUCUUGUUGUAUUUUGUUUCUCUGUUGUUAUGAGAAACGUUAUCUUUGUAAUAAUACCCGAAAAAAAAAUGGAAGUUUACUGUUAAACGGAAGCA